UGUACAUGAACGAAAUUACCUUUCAUUCAACUUGAUUUUUAAUUCAUUUCUCGACUCUCGUUUUGCCUUUUGCUAAGUAUUCAAUACCUACAUUAUUGUGUAAAAUUAUUUAGUUCAAAAGGGCAACGAUUCACCAAAAAUUAGAAAUACAAUCAGUUUUUUUUUUCCUUGGAAAUGUGCAGUGUGAUGCAGUUAAAAUAAAAAUCGUAACACAAAUAUAAUAACAGUUUUAUGCGAUAAAAUAAUCAUAUUUUCUCUGGAUACAAUGAGAUAAAAUUAAAGUGAUUCAAUAAAAUGUACUGUUUCUAAGUGUAUAAUCAAAAGCAUGAUGAUGCAGUCAUCGUCAGAAGGCUGUAUGAACAUCGCGGAGUUGGCGAACCAACUUCGUAGAGAAAAGAUCUUUAUAAACUCGGAGAGACAGCUGCUCCAUAAUCUCAAUGAGGAGCUGGAAAAAACUGUUUUGGAAUUGCUCCAAGCUGCUUGGAUAUGUUCACAACAACGCCAAAAUCUAACAAAUUUGGUAACAUCAAGAUGUGAGGCUGAAUCCAUUGCAGCCUGUCAGCGAGCAAGUCUACUUGAAGGCACAACUUUUAUUGAUGCUCAUAAAGUUUUAAAAUACAAGGAGGUACAAGCCUUAGGAGAACUCCUUGGAUGGCUCCGAGACACUCCCAAUCUCAUGGCUCUAUGUCUCAUGCUUGGAGAGAACCAUAUGCCACCAAGUCUACCUUCAUCACUAGUAGCUGGACUAUAUGGUAGCUGUCGUUCACCAGCAGACAAGGGGAGGCUCUUGGCAGUCUUACGAUCCUUGAUCAAACACCAAAUGGCUCCUUCGAGUGAUCCAAGAAAAUUGUUUCGUACAAGCAAAAGCGCGCUCACAUCUCUGUACGCGGUGUUUCGGGACAACCAUUCACCGGCUCGACAGUUUCUGGUGCAAGCGCUACAUGCACCUGUGAUGGCGGUGCUGCACGAGGACGAGUUCUUUCUAGACAUCGAUCCGGAUAAGGCCAUGGAGAGGUUCUCUCCCCCAGACCGUCUCAAGAAGUUCGGUCAGACCAACAGCAGUGAAUACAACGCUAAAGUGGCGCGCUACCGGAAAUGGACGGUGCAAUCUCUGUACAACCUCACUAACAAGUUUAUCGUAUCACUGAAAGAGCACUGGGCCAACUUCCCCGCAACCAUCGCGUGGGUUUUGCAGCAGAUAGUUCAUUUUCUGAAACAGAAUACAAGAACAACAGAUCGCGAGAUCCACGCCAUCUGCACGGAGCUGGUGCUGAGCAACUUUAUCUGCCCGGCGAUCGUGAACCCCGAGGCGCACGGCGUCAUCGAGGUGCCCGUGUCGUACAUCGCGCGCUUCAACCUCAUACAGGUGGCGCAGAUCAUUCAGAUGCUCUGUCUGGCCAGGUACCAGGAGGUGGACCCGAAGGUGCGCGACCUGUACAUGAAGUUCGAGCGCUCGUGCGUGUGGUCGCUGGUGGAGGGCGUGUCGGGCGAGGGCAGCGCGCCGCCGCCCGCGCCCGCCGCGCCCGCGCCCGCGCCCCCCGCGCCCCCCGCGCCGCGCACCGACGCGCCGCCGCGCGCCGCCGCCGCGCUCUACACCGCGCCCGACGCGCACCUGCUGAUAACAUUCCUUAAAAGAAUAUCAUCUAAACUGAAUAACAACACUCAGAACGGCAACGACGAAAACACCAGCAAUUCACAGAAUGCUGAAGAAUCAGGUUUCAGCGAGCCUGCGGAAACAGAUGCGGGCGAGGCUCGGCUGACGGCGCGGCUGGCGGCCGACGAGCCCAACUACCGCGCGAGGCUGCACGACCUGCUGAGGAAGAUGCCAGAUUUUUCCACGCUGAGAUCUUCUCCGACUGACACGAAAGACACGCUGUCAGAGAACGGGCACAGCAAGCGCGGUAUCCUGAGCAAGGUGGGCAAGCCUCGUCUACCGCGCUCCAUCUCCUCGGACGAGAGGGUCGCCGAGCGAGACGAGCCCGAGGUGCUGGUCAUCAAGCUGGCCAAUGUAGACGAGCAGGACUAUGUCGGUCUGGAACCGGAGUCCAAGGUGCUGGAGUGCUACUACUGCGAGGGCGACGCGGAGGUGGGCGGGGCGCUCGCUCCGACCGGAUCCGUCGCGCCCGUGCAGAAACGGACCAGGUUCUCGGUGGCCCACGAUGAGGUGUCGCUCGGAAACACGUCCGACAACCUAGAGGCCGUGUCGGAGGCCGCGUCCAACCACAGCGUCACCUCCAGCCUGGAGCUGGAGACGGAGGACCAGAAUGACAACCUUUCGGACAUGGUGUCGGCCAACGUGAGCGGGCGCGGCAGCCCGAACAUCUCGGGCAGGGAGACGCCCUCGUCGCAAGUAACUGAUGGAGACGCUGCAGGAGACGCUCAGUCGAGACGGACUCAACAAAAUGCUCCAGUAAGUCAGGCGGCCAGCGCCGCUCAGGCUAAACUACUGAAACAGACGCGAAAUGAUAUUGAAGAUAAAUUCUGCAAAUUCGAAAUUAAGAAACUCCUCGAAGGGGACGAGACGAUAAGCAUAAUGUCGGACACGUGGAGCACGGACGUGCUCGCCUCGGACUCGGAGACCAUCGGCGACUCGUGCGAGCCGACGCAGGUGGCCGCCGGACAGGGUAAUGCGAAUAAUACUAUCGCACCGGACGUGUCGGAGACGGCGAGCGAGUCCGCCUGGAGUAUGGACCUGCUCGCUUCAGACAGCGACCGGAACACAGAGGUGGACACGGACGACUGCGUGUCGGUGGCGGCGCGCUCCGACACGUCGUGGCCGCGCCGCGCCUCGCAGCACGACGCGCGAGCGAAUGGAAAUGCGAAACGAGCUGACGUAGGCAGUCCCCGCCACACAUCGCGUUCUAAUCUUCCUAACAGGAGCGGGGGCUACCUGAGCGCCACGGCCGCCCUGUGCCGCGGGGGGGAGCUGGACCUGCUGGCGCACCACGCGCACCGCCCGCACCACGCGCACUACCCCAUCGAGAACCGGAGGAGCAUCCUCGUCAACGGAUACCCGGUGAUGACGUGCUACGCGUCGGCGCCCGAGAGCCCGAUCGCGGCGGCGGCGGCGCUGCCCAGCGACAUCUUCGACUACGUGCCGCAGAAUGCUACGAAUAUUCCAACCGAAUCAACGGCGGAGGGAACGGGUGAGAGCGAAGUCGAAGUCCCCAACACUAUAUCCGGCGGCGGCUCCGAUGCCACCAGCCAGUGGGUGGACGACAGCUUCCCCACUAAGUAUAUGCCCUCAUCGUCCAAAGCCUACGAUGACAAUGAUCUGAUGGACAGAUCACUGAACUCGAGCGAGAGUUCGUUCAAUGCCCUCUCCGUGUCGCAAUACGACAGGCGGUUCGACAGCGGAAUCGAGACCGACCGACCGGAAGCAGAAUCUCGAUCCGCAAUAUCCGACCUCAUGACCCGAAUGAGUUCCGCGACGAUCUCCACGUCCAAUCUCGUCAACAACAUAACGUCCAGGAUAGUGAAAUCGGAGCUGCGUACGAGUAUAGUAAAUAUAAGUUCGUCGAGGAUCGACAAGAAGCGAGAUCCGAGCAACAUGUCGCUGAGUACACUGUCGGUGAACAGCGUGGAAACGACCGCGUCGGACAAGAGCUCGAGCCAGGACGUGAACUCGGACAACGUGACCGAGCGCAGGAUCAGUCCACCGCCGGUGAAGACGUCCACUGGCGCCAUACCCAAGAGUAUCAGCUUCGACGCCACAGCGGAGAAGUCACAGCGAAGGCGCAUAGUCGGUGAAGAUGGACUAGUCAGUAAUUUGGACGAGUUGAAGAAUAACGUGAAGCGCUCUGGUGGCAACCUGUUCCACAAGAUCAAGAUGUUCCGUCACAAGGGCAGAUCGCACCAUCAAGGAGAAAUAAAAGUGUCGGAGGAGGAGGUGGUGGGGGAGGGCGAGAGCUCGGAGGAGAUCCUGGCCAAGUACCGGCGCGUGGGGGACUGCGCGCCGCGCCGGCCCUCGCGCCACGACCUGCCCGACGCGCUCGCGCACGACGCCGACCGGAGCGAAGGCGUGAUCGAUCUGAACGACCCAGAGGUGUUCAACAGUAUGAAGCGGCGCUUACGCGUCGUACUCUCCAACACGGACUUUCAUUCGGUCGAAUAUGUACCCAACCGCUGCACGAGCGCGUCGCUGGCGGAGUGGGUGCGCGCGGGCGGCGGCGCGGAGGCGGCGGCCACGGCGCGCGCGCUGGCGGCGGCGGGCGCGCGCUCGGCCCGCCUGGCCGCCGCGCUGCGCGCCGACCUCGCCGCGCGCCGCCCCUACGCCGCCUACCUCGCCUCCUGCCGCGCCGCGCUGGCGCACGCGCUGCACGACCUGCACAGUCAAAUCGAGCUGGUGCGGUGGGAGUGCUCGUGCUGCGCGCGGGCGGCGGCCGCGGCGCGCGUGCUGGAGCAGCUGGAGCGCGGGCCCGCCCUGCGCCGCCUCGCCGCGCACCACACGCACGCACACGCCCUGCUCAACGGUGGUGAACUGAUGGACGAAAGAGCGUCGAGACUGACGGCCAGCAUCAAGACGAUCACGGCCGAGGUCAAAUCCGACCCCUCGUGGGAAGGAGCUACGUCGACGAUCCUGGAGAGCGCUGAGAUAACAGUGGAGCGAGCCGUGUUCUCGCGACUGUACCUGCACGUACUCUUUCCUAACGGCGAUGGAGAUAUCGCACGAGAUCAGGUGCUGAGCGAGCACAUCCGGCGCCUGAGCGCCAGCACGAGCGCGGCGCGCGUGGGGCUGGCGGCGCGCCACGCGUGGGCCGCGCCCUUCGCGCACGCGCAGCUGCAGCUGCGCCACCUGCCCGUCUACCGCGCGCCCCGGGACAAGGUGUCGUGCGUGCUGCGCUGCGUGCGCUCGCUGGCGGCGACGCUGGCGCUGUCGGACGGCGCGCCGCCCGCCGCCGACGACGUCACGCCCGCACUCGUGCUCGUCAUCAUCAAGGUGAACCCGCCGUCGCUGCUGUCGACGCUGGAGCUGGUGAACGCGCUGGGCGGGGCGGUGCUGGCGGGCGAGGCGCUGUACUGGUGGACGCAGUUCUGCGCCGCCGUGGCCUAUAUCAAGACCAUGGACUACCCCGCCCCAGCCGCUCCCGACUCCUAGCCCCAGCGGGCGCUGAAAUCAGCGCGAAUGCUCGAAAUGAGAUUGUACCGCGGCGUCGCCCGUGGUAAUCGUAGAAACACUAUUUAAAUAAAGUUAAAAAAAAAAACAAUAUUGUAAAGAUUGAUCUAAAAACAUCUGAUACUUAAUCAUUCUAAUUCAAAUGUAUCAUGUAUAUAAUAUAUCCAGUCUUUUUCAACGGAACGGAACAAAAAAUAAAUAGGAAACAUAUGAUCCUUCCAUCGAAAACAUGUGACCAGGUCCGUCUUGAUUCGCAUCUCGCCAAUAAUGGUCGUGUUUUGACCCAUUGCAAUUGAACCAUUGAAGUCUUUUCGGAGGAUGAGAGGAGAUCGCCAGAACACUGCUUGCACCCGGGCGCUUGUUGUACUUAGGACGGGGCUGCUCGUGGCAUUCGAAUAUAAAGUUGUUUUCCAUCCUCUGAACCCCAUCUCGGUGUUCUCUGAAAUGUCAUAAUAUUUUAAUAUUCUAUAUCAAUAUAAAAGUAGUACAAUGUACGAUUUAUUGUUGAAAAAGACUAUUAACGAAGUAGAAUACUUAGAAUAGUGUCAACAUUCUUAAUAUAAUAUCAAAAUAAACAUUUCUCAAGCACUUCUGUUCCAGAUAAGCUGGUCUGAAUUAUAAUGGUGCGUUGUCUUUGAAAAAUUUAGCAAUUUCUGUGUUUCUGCAAUUGUUAUGGCCACAACAUUG